AUGUUUCUCAUUUACAAAGAACAGACAAAUUCGCACAUUAAUUAUCUUAUGGCCUUUCAAUCAACAGCUUCACAAAUAGCAAGACUUAUUCACAAAGAAUCAUUGGAAGAUCAAAUCCACUUGAAGUUAUCUUUAAGAAAACGUAUGCAAACAAAGAACCAUUAUGCUCAAUUAGAGGCAAUAUGUUUUCACAAGUGUCCGAAUCGAAUCUACUUUAAUUAA